GCUCUACGUAACGUGGAAAAGCGUGAACUUCCGCCUAGAAUGUAAACAUUCGUUUCACGUGUAUUUUUCUUUUUAGCUUUUCAGAUCUGUUUAUAUAAUGAUCACUAUAAGAUACAUGCUUUAAAAUGAAACAACCGGUACGGGAAAGGAAAUCUAGAGGCACUGGCAGCAACAAAGUUUCACAGAAAGGAAAAACGAAAAGAAGGGAAGAAGAUGGCAAGACGUCACGUGGUUAUAUUCUAGCAGUUCUUAGUGUCAUUGGAAUAUGUUUGGGUAUAUACUUGACAUUUCUCAGUCAACCCAGUAGUAAAAUUUCAACAUUUGCACCAGCAGCUCAACUAAGCAGUCAACUUACAUAUUCUGUUAACUGCUCCGGUGAUUACAAAAAGGAAACUUUUGAAGAAUGCAAACCAAAAAAAUGUGCACGUGUUGUCAUGGAUAACUUAGUGACUGAAGAAGAGGCACUGUAUUUGUUAAGUCUUGCUAAAAAGGGCUUGUCAUACGGUGGAUCUACUGGUGGGGCAUCAAUUCUAGACUUACAUUCAGGUGCUUUAUCUAUGGGUGAAAAAUUCGUCAAUAUAUACAAGAUCUUACCGGAUGGAGAUGGUUUCAAAGAAGAAGAUUUUGCUAUGUAUAGACGAGUGAAGAACAAAAUACAUCAAGCAAUAUCGGAGUAUUUUGGAAUAUCGAAAUCUAGUGUUUAUUUGACAAAGCCCACGUUUUUCUCUCGUAUGAAUACCACUGAAGCAAAAACAGCACACGACGAGUACUGGCACAAACAUAUAGAUAAGAUCACAUAUGGAUCAUUUCAUUACACAUCAUUAUUAUAUCUAACCACAUACGGUGCAGAUUUUACUGGCGGCCGCUUUAUAUUUGUUGAUGGGGAGAAAGAAACAGCAAUUGAACCAAGAUUAGGUCGUGUAUCAUUUUUCACAUCCGGGUCUGAAAAUAUUCAUUAUGUAGAAAAGCUUGAGACUGGAGUGAGAUACGCUAUAACCAUUUCAUUUACAUGUGACCCUAAAAUGUCCAUAUCAGAUCCAGAAGUGAGAUAGAAUAAAUAUUAUGAUGUUGUUAUUGUUCAUUCCGCUGCCUUAAUCUUUUUAAGAAAGAAUGAUAACGUAAUAUUGCAAAGCAAAGAUUUGUAUUGUAUGACAGGAGUUAUUCACGUUGUUGUGUGUUUCUUUGAAAGUUACUCUAUGUAGUAUUAAUGUUUGCUUGAUGAAAAGUAUUGUUAUUUGAUUAAUAAACGUUGCAGCUGUAAAACAGACUAUAGAAAGAA